GUUAUGUACAGUACAGGCCUGCAUGAACUACACAAGAUCCAAGAAACUCCAAAUUUCAGCAUUUUAGAAGAUUCCAACUCUAAACUUCACACAAAAACAAACAAAAUUUUCACAAAUUCAACAUUCUUCAUCUUCAUCUUCAAUAUGUACAGUUUCUUGCUACAAGAAUCAACAAAAACAACCACCCAUUAACCACCAUACACACACCCAAAAAUGCCCACACAACAAUCUCCAAACAAUCAUCAACAAACAAACAACAAAAAAAGAUUAAAAUGGAGCAAUCUAUACACAUUCUCAUGCUUCAAACCGCCGAAGAACAACCACCUGUCAGACUUCGGCCAGCCCGGGUUCACAAGAGUCGUGUUCUGCAACGACUCAUCGAAACACAAAACCAAACCAUACAAAUAUUGCAAGAAUGAUGUCACUACAACUAAGUACAAUGUAAUAACAUUCCUCCCGAAAUCGCUCUUUGAGCAGUUUCGUCGCGUGGCGAAUUUAUACUUCUUGUUGGUUGCUGCGUUGUCCGCUACUUCGUUAGCGCCUUUCUCGGCUUUGAGCUUGAUUGCUCCAUUGGUUUUUGUUGUUGGGGUGAGUAUAUUGAAAGAAGGCGUCGAAGAUUGGCAUCGGUUUCUUCAAGAUCUCGAAGUGAAUUCGAGGAAAGUUAGAGUUCAUGUUGGUGAUGGAAAGUUUGUUGAUAGAUCAUGGAAAACGCUUCGGGUUGGAGACGUUGUGAAAGUGAAUAAAAACGAGUAUUUCCCGAGUGAUCUCUUGUUGUUAUCUUCUAGUUAUGAAGAUGGAGUUUGUUACGUCGAGACGAUGAAUUUAGAUGGUGAAACAAACCUUAAAAUCAAACGUUGCUUGGAGUGCACGUUACGGUUUGAUGAUGAGGCGAAGUUUGAUGUGUUUAAGGCUGUUGUGAGAUGUGAAGAUCCGAAUUCGAGUUUGUAUACUUUUGUUGGGAAUUUGGAGUUUGGGGAAAAUAUUGCUAACGAAGUUUCAUUUCCUCUAUCUACUUCUCAGUUUCUGCUUCGCGAUUCGAAGCUUCAGAACACGGAUUAUGUUUAUGGAGUUGUGGUUUUUACCGGUGGGGAUACGAAAGUGGUGCGGAAUUCGAUGAAAUCGCCGUCGAAGCGUAGCAGGGUGGAGAGAAAGAUGGAUCAUGUGAUCUAUGUGUUGUUUUUCAUGUUGCUUUUGAUAUCUUUAAUAGCUUCAAUUGGUUCUGUUGUGUAUACAGAUCAAUGGUGGUACCUUCAGUUAAUGGACGAUACGGAUGCGUCGUUCGAUCCGGGUAACCCGCUAGUUUCGGGGUUUCUACAGUUCUUGCGGGCGCUUAUAUUGUACGGUUACUUGAUUCCGAUUUCGCUUUAUGUGUCUAUUGAGGUAGUUAAGUUUUUACAAGCUAUGCUUAUAAACAAUGACCAACACUUGUUUGAUGAAACAUCUGGGAAAAAAGUCGAGGCUCGGACUUCGAAUUUGAACGAGGAGCUCGGUCAGGUGGAGAUGAUUUUGAGCGAUAAAACCGGGACGUUGACUUGUAAUCAAAUGGAGUUUAGGAAAUGCUCGAUUGAGGGGAUAUCGUAUGGGGGUGAUGUGAACGAGAUUGUUCGUGCUGCUUCGCAGCGAAUGAAUAUUGAUAUCGAGAGCUACCGGUUCAAUCUAGACGGUGAGGAUUCUACCCCGAGGGAUAGUGUGGAAAUGGUCGAGAUUACAUCGGAUCAAGUUCUUGAGUCGAAGAACAGUGUCUUGGAUGGUGAACAUGAUACGAAGAGUCUUCGUGAUUCGGGUAUUAAAGGGUUUAAUUUCCGCGAUAGAAGAUUGAUGAACAAGAUGUGGAUACAUGGUUCAAAUGUAUGGGAUAUGAUGAUGUUUUUUAGAGUUAUGGCUUUAUGUCACACAGGCAUACCUGUUGAAAAUGAAGAACAACCAGGCAGCAAUAAACUCAAAUAUGAAGCAGAGUCCCCUGAAGAAGUGACUUUUUUAAUUGCUGCACAAGAAUUUGGAUUUCAGUUUUGUAGAAGAACUCAGUCUUCAAUGUUUGUUAAAGAGAUUGAUCCUUCUGCUUCGGAAGUCGAAAGGGAAUACAAGCUCUUGAACUUGUUAGAAUUCAGUAGCUCUAGGAAAAGGAUGUCAGUGAUAGUACGCGAUGAAUCUGGUCAAAUUUUCCUUUUCUGUAAAGGCGCGGAUAAUAUUAUAUUUGAUAGGCUAGGUGAUGGUGGUAGGACAUACCAACACGCUACAACUAUGCACCUUGCAAACUAUGCAGAAGACGGAUUAAGAACAAUGGUGUUUGCGUAUAAAAAGAUUAAAGACUCCGAGUAUGAAGAAUGGAGUUCAUCGUUCUCCAAAGCUAAGGCCGUAAUUGGUCCCGAAAGAGAUGAAUUGCUAGAAAAUGUAUCCGAAAACAUUGAGAAAGAUUUGGUGUUGUUAGGUGCUGUAGCUGUUGAUGACAAGUUACAAGAUGGGGUUGCAGAAUGCAUAGAUAAACUUGCACAAGCAGGGCUCAAAAUAUGGCUCCUCACCGGAGACAAGAAGGAAACUGCUGUAAAUAUCGGAUUUGCUUCUAGUUUGCUUAGGCAUGAUAUGCAUCUGUUUCAUCUAAGUUUAAGCCGAGACGUUGAAUCUAAAAACCAAUUAAAGGCUAUGAAAGACGACAUAUUAAAUCAAAUCGAGGCUUCUCGUCAAGUAAUAAUAAAUGAAAAAACCAAAGAUGACCCGUUUGCUCUUGUGGUCGAUGGGAAAGCUCUUGAAAUUGCUUUGAGGAACGACAUACAAGACAACUUUUUGCAGCUGGCGGUUACUUGUGCGUCGGUUAUAUGCUGUCGUGUCUCACCAAAACAGAAAGCAUUGAUUACUCGAUUAGUGAAGAAAUACACAGGCAAGAUGACACUGGCGAUUGGAGAUGGAGCUAAUGACGUUGGCAUGAUUCAAGAAGCUGAUAUUGGAAUCGGGAUCAGUGGCAUGGAAGGAAUGCAGGCUGUUAUGGCAAGUGACUUCUCGAUACCUCAGUUUAGAUUCUUGGAACGGUUACUUAUCGUACAUGGGCACUGGUGUUACAAGAGAAUCUCCAAAAUGAUUCUCUAUUUUGUAUACAAAAAUAUCGUGUUCGGUCUUACCUUAUUCUACUAUGAAAUGUACUCCAGAUUCUCGGGGGAUGUUUUAUACGACGGAUGGUAUAUGGUUAUGUUCAAUCUUUUUCUAACAUCCCUUCCUGUCAUAUCGCUAGGCGUCCUCGAGCAAGAUGUAUCUUCAGAUAUUUGCCUUCAGUUUCCGGCCCUAUAUCAACAAGGACAAAAGGGUAUUUUCUUUAGUUGGAAACGAAUAAUCGGGUGGAUGGGAAACGGGAUACUUACAUCGUUAGUCAUAUCCAUCUUAAACGUCUACGUUCUUUCUCCGUCAGCAUUCAGAAAAGGAGGACAAGUAGUAGACAUUGCACAUUUAGGACUUACCACAUACACCACCAUUGUGUGGACAGUUAACUGUCAAAUCGCUCUAAUCAUCACUCAUUUCACUUGGAUCCAACAUAUCUUCAUUUGGGGAAGCAUCUUCAGUUGGUACAUUUUCUUACUCUUUUACGGCGCACUUCCACCCGAAUACUCAAAGAGAGAAUACAAACUCCUUAUAGAAGCUGUGGGCCCCGCACCCAUGUACUGGAUCGUUGUAUUAUUAGUUGUAGUUAUAUCUCUCCUUCCAUACUUCAUAUACAUGGUCAUCCAGAGGUCGUUUUAUCCCAUGGAUGACCAUGUAAUUCAGGAAAUGAAGUACGGAAGGAAAGUUGUUGUAGAUGAUGAGAUGUGGUUGAGAGAAGAGAAGAGCUCAAGGAAGCCGACCCAGAUCGGGUUUUCAGCUAGAGUUGAUGCAAAAAUCCUUUAUUUAAAGGAUCAACUACACAGGAAAAAAAUGUUUAUUAUUAAGUCGAUCACGAAUAGUCCUAUUAGGCGAUCAAUAUCCACUAACCCAUUAGAAAAUAGAGAUUGAUAUACAAUCACAACAACGUGAAUCGUUGUAGAACACGCGUGGUGAUUCAUACACACUUGUUUCUCAAUUGUUCAAAGGCAUUAUAUGA